GAGAAUCCUAGUUCAUAUUUGAGAUAUAUUUAUCGAUCUUAAAUCAUGAGCACUGCGACGGAAAAAGAUACUGCAUCUCCAGGUAAUAAAAUUAUUUUUGGUUUUAGUAGGUCAGAGGCAAGAUGUCGAAAGUGUACAGCCAGUGCUUGAUCCAGAUGAUGAAGGUUCUCGACAUCUAGAAGCGCUUAGAAGAGAAUACGGAGUGGGCAAAUCCGGUAUAUAUCUAAAAGAGCCUGGACUAAUAUAUCGACAGAGCACCUGGAACGGUCUAGAUGACCCAGAAAAUCCUUAAAAUUGGCCGUCAUGGCGCAAAAUUACAAUUGGUGCCAUAUUUUCGCUAGGACAGCUAGUGAAUUAAUAUCAGCCAGUAUGAUUGCCGCUGCUCUUGGCGAUGUCUCUCGCGAUCUGAAGGUUGUUGGCUAUACUGCUCAGAUAAUCUUUUCUACUUACUUCCUCGGUCUAGCCACUGGACUCUUCGUGGCUGCUGCAUUUUCUGAGGUCACUAGCCGAAAAGAUACAUGGCUAUUUUGCAAUGCGUGGUGGAAUUCUCUCUGUCCACUCGGCAAUUCAAAGGCUUUGAUGAUUGCAGUUAGACUCGUGACAGAAACAGGGGCUAGUAGUGGCAUCGCGGUACAUAUCAAUACGAAGAGGCCUAUCUCCACAAGCUCAUCGACUGACUGUUGCCACUCUUCAAAGCUUACAGGGCCCAUCAUGGCUGAUAUACCUGUACUUGACCCAAUCUUCGGGGGUAUCAUCGCACAAUUGGUGGUGUGGCCAUGGAUAUUCUGGAUCAAGUCAAUCUUUGAUGGUUUCAUAACCUUAGCGGGGUACUGUUUUAUUCGAGAAUCUUAUACACCAGUUCUCCUUCGACGAAAGGCCAAAUCCGAAGCUAUGUCCACGUCUAGCAUUGAAAGAGCAUUCACAAUUCAACAUUGGCAAGAACUGCUUCUCCAAUUAUCUAUCGGACUUAUCCGUCCCUUCCAGAUUUUGAUACGUCGGCCAGUAAUCCAAUUAAUCACAUUUAUAUUUGGAGUUGGCUUUGGUGUUUACACGAUUUUGAUUCUAAUAUUUGCCGCUCUUUAUAUAGAGCGUCACAGCCAAUCCGUGUCAAUCAGCGCUCUUCAUUACAUCUCAAUUGACAUUGGCGCAAUAUCUGCGUCUCAAAUUGGAGAUCGUAUCAUGGAAUGGCUAUACAGGCGUCUUAGCAACAAAAACAACAACCAUGGCAGACCAGAGUUCCGUGUUCCAUAUUCAAUGGACGGUGCUAUAUUAAUGCCGAUUGAGAUAUCUUGGCACGGCUGGGUGGCCGAAGUGACUGGCCCAUGGGUAUUAGUUGAUAUCGGCGCAUCUGUCUUUACCCUGGGGAAUAUGGUGUUCAACCAAGGUAUUCUUGCUCACCAGCUUGACGAGUUUGGUAAAUACGGAGUGUCAGAAAAUGCUGCAUCUCGAGUGGGUUCGAAUAUUAUGGGAUUCAUUCUACCUAUCUCUGGGCCCCAGCUUUAUGACAACUUGGGAGUCGGUUGGGACAACCCUAUUGGGCUUCAUAUGGAUCGUAUCAGGAGAUCCUGUUUGUUUUGUAUUGUACUGUUGGGGUGAAAGAAUACGUUUAAUUGGUAAAGAGGCUGAGGAUUCAAGUUCUCAAAGGAAUUGAUUCGAUA